ACAGGAAUCAUGAACAGGAACUUCCAAAAUCAGGACAAAUGUGACGAUGAAGUUUUAUUUGGAAUAAGGAAAAUCCCAUACUGGGAAAUAUAUGGCGUAAAACAGUUUCCGUACCGUGGAAGGCGUAAAUAUACACCAUUACUUUAUCAAUCUAUCGAUGGAGGUAUGAUUAUCAAAAAUGACCUGUUUGGAUUGACAAUCAGACAGUUUGAACGAAUGUAUAAAACUUGCUUAGAAAGACGGAAAACACACGAACAAUGGAUACUUUACCUUAGAUAUCCUGAUAAAUCUUCAAAUGAAUAUCUGGAAUACUUGCAGAAUUGUACAGACUGCAAUAAAGAUCACUUGCUUUGGCUCGAAGAUAACCCGAAGAACAAAUACUUAUACGAACACCUAGUAAAAACAGCUGGUACCGAAAUCGAUAUACGAAAUAGACAACGACUAUUUAUCAUACAAAAUAUGAUCAUAAAUACAUGUCAGUCAGGUCGUAUACAAAUAUCUAGUGGAAGUUUGGCAGAAGGACUCUACUUACCUGGCAGUGACAUAGAUUUUAUGGAAGUACAGACACACGUAGACGUAAUACAGAAUGAAAAAAAUAUCAAACAUCCAGUACAUAAAAUUCCAUUGGUUAUGGAAACAGAUACUGAUCAUCCUGGAUUUGCUAGACUGAGAUUGAUAGCAGAAAUGGAUGGGAAACCCCUCAUGGCAGAAUUUGCCUGUUUCGCAGGUUCCGGCAACAAGCUUUAUUUACCAGUAAGCGGCUAUUUUGAUUUUUUUAAGCAAUCUUAUAAAAAGAUGCCGGUAUUUCAACACGGUCCAUGUCUAUCAGACGUAAGACAGAAAGUAAAUUGUGCACCCUGCCUACAUAGUGCAUAUCUACCUUUCAACGCAAUUCCAUGGUCAUCUCGUCAUCGAAGGCAAUGGCCGUCUGAUUUUGUUAUAGACUGGUUCAUGAAUAAUGGAUGCUUGUUAGUACCAAUAGGACCACCUAAGAAUAUAUCGGAUAGUGAUUAUUUAUGGAGAUUAUCUUUCUCUUUUGCAGAAAAAAAACUUGUACAUUCAUUCAAUUUCACUCAACUUUUAUGUUACGCUCUACUCAAAUUAACAUUAAAGCGUAUUGUUAACACAGUCAAUGAUGUCAAAGAGUUAUUGUGUUCAUAUUUUCUGAAAACGGCUUUAUUCUGGGUCUCGGAGGAAGUGGAUAUUGAAACAUUUCAACCAUCUAAAUUGUUUUAUUGUUUUUCUCUCUGUCUUGCUAAAUUGAUAUCAUGGGUACACAGCAGCUACUGUCCAAACUAUUUUAUACCUGAGCACAAUAUGUUCCUAGGAAAGAUCAAUCAAAGUAACAAUAAGGUUCUUCUUCGUGUACUUGAGAGUGUAAAAUAUGAAGGGAUUGAUGGAUUGAUACAGAAUUUAUUUUUGCCUGAAAAUGAAAAUUGCUGUUUAUCAAGUACAAAGGGUGAACAUUCCUUCAUUAUGUCAGACUUCCUAUUUUACAGAUUAUGUGGAAAGAUGGCUCAAUCGUCAGACAUUUCAGAUUGUUAUAAAGGACUUGCAUUUACUGAAUCUUUACCCAAAUCCCAAUCGUCUUUAUUUAUAAUUGGUGUAUGUAAGUAUUUUUAUGCUGAAAUCAGUCAAUAUGCAGCACAACUACUACCACCGCCAACCACUUACAACAUACGCAAAUGUUAUCAUAGACAUCUACAAGACGGCAUCAAGACAAGUGAUAUGUCGAGUUGGUUAUACUACGCGUCGUUUUAUUAUGUAUCAGGACAGUACAAUGAAACACUAAGACUAACAGAUUAUGUUCGAUCAAGAUGUACACCGGAUUUGGUACCUUUCGGUGAUAACUAUGAUGAAAACGAUAUUAAUAAAUACAUACAAAAUGUACAUUCUGCAAUGACACUGAACGACAGGAUAAAAAUAGCCACUGUAAAAAGUCUCUGCUUUUUACGGAAUUCAUCAUUAAUACCAGAAGAACUACAGCUGGAGGUGGCUGACAAAAUAAUUUUUAUACCACCUGUUAUAAUGUGUCACUGUCUCAGAUUUCUAUGUUAUCAUCAUCUUAGGGAUAUUGACAACAGACAACAGGCAUUACGUGAUUUACAUUUAACAGUGGAAGAAGACUAUUUUGUUCCAUCGAAUAUGAGAUCUGAUCCAUUAACAAUACUUGGAGUAUGCUAUGAAAUAUCCGGUAACAAGUUCGCAGCUUAUCAUGGUUAUAAUCAAGCUUUAAAUCGUAGUGGUUGUGUAUCUAGCACAGCGGAAGGAAGGAAAUCAAACCUUUUUUAGAUCUUAUAUAGUCUUUAAGCAUCAACAUUAUUUGGAGUAUGCUAAUCGAUAUCAGUCGAUUAAGAUACAACAUAUUUGUGAAACCAAAGGUGGCAUCUCAACAUUUAUAAUUGUUGUAAUAAAGAAAUAUUAGCUAACUG